AAUAACAAGAGCAGUGUGCUGCCAACACAGUCGCAGUUCAGUCCAGACUACAGUCUGACAGUUAUCACUGCAGCGCGCUAACAUGGAGUAUCCACCUAACUACGGACAUGUAACGUUCGACCGAAUGAGACUCUUUCCGGAUCGAAUUUUCCAGAUCGAUGCAGCGACAGGAGAAGAAGAGAGCUACGGAUCAGUAUUGAAUCGCUCCAUCAGAUUAGCGCAAGCGCUGAGAGCGUUUGGUCUGAGCCCGGGAGAUGUCGUCGCUAUAAGCGGUCGCAACCAUAUUGAUAUUUGCAUACCGUUUUUCGCAGCACUAUUUAACGGUUCACCGAUUGUUGGCAUCGAUACCUUCUAUAAAUAUGAUGAGGUGCGUGCACAUUUUGAGCGAUCGAAACCCAAAAUAAUAUUUUGCCAAAACGAAUUAUGCGAUACUUUUGCGACGGCAGCAGCGAGCCUCAGUUUGGAUAUCAAAUUCGUCACUUUCGAUGAAGGAGACAAUGCAAUGUCGAAAUUUUUACAGAUGUAUCAGACAUCAGAACCGACAGAAAUUUUCAAGGUGGCAGAAUACGACAUAGAGGAAAUAUGUCCCUUUCUUGUAUGUACUAGCGGUACUACGGGAAAAUUGAAGAUUGUAGCCAUCAAAAAUAAGCCACUGCUACUUAAAGACGCAUUUUACACUAAAUACUCAGACAAAUCACGUAUAAGUAAGUCAUUGUUCUUGUCACCAAAUCACUGGAUGUCAUUCUUCUUUGCUCCGACUUUGAUAGUGGCUAGUGGAGGCAUACUGUUGCUAACUUCCAAAUACAACAAUUUUAAUUAUUUAAACGUACUCCACGUUACAGAUAUAAUUAAGAAAUACAGACCGGAAUGUGCACUGUUCUGUAUGAUGCAAAUACCAUCUAUCUUACUCGAAGCUCGGAAGAAUGAAGUUGAUAUCGAUAUGACUUCCUUACGGUUAAUAACUAUCGCAGGGGGUAAACUAUUUGACACAGCACAUCAAGAAUUUAAGAAACUUCUUGCUGAUAAUUGUCGGAUAUUAGAACUGUAUGGUCAAACAGAAACGAUUGGUGCCAUUUUUAAUCCCAGCCCUUUGCGCUCCGCUCGCAGUUGUGGAGUACCAACAGAUAUGCACACAGUAAAGUUGAUCGAUCCAGACACUGGUGUGGAGAUAAAGGAAGCCAACGUUAUUGGUGAAUUACUCGUUAAAGGGCCUUGUUUCUCGGGGUACUACAAUGAUCCGGAGGAAACUGCAAAAGCGUUCACAGAAGAUGGCUUUUACAAAUCAGGGGAUCUUUUAUACCGCGAUAAGGACAAUAAUUACUUUUUUGUUGAUCGUCUCAAGGCAUCGAUAAAGUAUCGCGGCACACGUAUAUAUCCCCUACAAUUAGAAGAAGUAAUACGCGAACACCCUGGAGUAGCGGAUGUUUGUGUUGUCGGCAUAGAUGGUCCUGUUGAAUUACAAAAAAUAGUUGCUUGUAUUGUGAAACACAAAGGCUCUGACGUCACCGCACAGGAGAUAAAGGAUCUAGUAGCAAGUAAACUUUCCGAAAACAAGAAACUGUGGGGAGGUGUACUAUAUGUUGACAAACUGCCCUACACGUCUACAGGAAAAGUACUUAAAGGCAUACUUGAAAAAAUGACGAUGACUGCUGAGAGAGAAUAGAUUUAUUUUUAGCACCAAAAUUCAUUUUAUAGUAAAAAAUUAAAGAAAUCAUUGAAUUUUAAAAUAUAAAUAA